UUGUUAUGUUAGUUAUUAACAGUUGAAAGAAAAAGAAAUAAAAUGGUAAUGCCACGCUAUGAAACGCAAAUCAGUUAUUUGUGGUACCGUUCUCUACGCUGAACGCUUCAUCCGCGUUGCAUUUUUUGAGAUGGAACACAAAAUCAACCCAUCGAGGGAAAGAAGAAGAAGAAGAAGAAUAAACCUAAACAACAAUGUCCGUCAUCGACAUUCUCUUCCGUGUUGACGCCGUUUGCAAAAAAUAUGACAAAUACGACAUUGACAAACAGCGUGAACUCAACGCUUACGGUGAUGACGCCUUCGCUCGUCUUUACGCCGCAGUUGAAUCCACCAUUCAACAAGCUCUCAAUAAAUCUGAGGUUGCUUCGACGGAGAAGAAUAGAGCAGUUGCUGCGACUUUGAAUGCAGAGGUUCGUAGAUCCAAGGGUAGAUUGAUGGAUGAAGUUCCUAAACUGCGCAAGCUUGUAAACAAGAAGGUUAAAGGUCUCACAAAAGAAGACAUAGCCAUUCGUCAGGAUCUUGUUCUUGCGUUGCCAGAAAGAAUCCAAGCAAUACCAGAUGGGAUUACCUCUGCUGCUAGCCAUACUGCAGGAUGGGCGGCUACCUCAUCUCAUCCGCAUAUCAAGUUUGAUUCAUCAGAGGGACAUCUUGACAGUGAAUAUUUCAAUCAAAGUGAAGAAUCCAGUCAGUUUCGACAUGAAUAUGAAAUGCGCAAGAUGAAACAGGAUGAAGGCCUUGAUAUCAUAUCAGAAGGAUUGGAUACUUUGAAAAAUCUAGCCCAUGAUAUGAAUGAGGAAUUAGAUCGGCAAGUUCCUUUAAUGGAUGAAAUCGACACAAAGGUGGAUAAGGUGACAAGUGAUGUAAGAAACACUAACUUGAGACUCAAGAAAACUCUCACCGAGCUGAGGUCUAGUCGAAAUUUCUGCAUCGACAUCAUUCUACUGUGUGUUCUUCUGGGAAUCGUUACAUAUUUAUACAAUGCACUCAGGUGACUUCUAUGAUAUUGCAUCCUUACACUAUCUGAGGGCUUUCUGCGUAAUUUUCGAAUAGUUCAGCUGCUGAAGGAUGGCAACAUAUAUAUUACCAAUGUAUUAUGUAACUCUUUGAUGUAUUAACAUGUCACUUACACAUGUUAUCUCUCUUUCCAAUAACAUUUAUAUGUACCUUAUUUGCAAAAAAAAAAGUAUAAAGUAUAAAUUACAAAUAAUCUUCCCAGUUCAAUAUGA